UCUCUCCCCGCAGCGCUGAGCAGCCAUGGAGAGGAUGCAGCAGGUCGUUGGGCGGGCGAGAGCCGCCUUCAACUCGGGCCGGUGCCGCUCGCUGGAGUUCAGGAUGCAGCAGCUGAAGGCCCUGGAGCGGAUGGUGCAGGAGAAGGAGAAGGAGAUCCUGGCAGCCAUCAAGGCGGAUCUGCACAAGAGUGGGCCCAACGCGUACAGCCACGAGAUCCUGGGCGUGCUGGGGGAGCUGGCCCUGGCCAUGGACAAGCUGCCGUCAUGGGCAGCCCCUCAGCCUGUGAAGAGGAACGUGCUGACGAUGCGGGAUGAGGCCUACAUCUGCCCCGAGCCGCUGGGAGUGGUGCUGAUCAUUGGGGCCUGGAACUACCCCUUUGUCCUGGUCAUGCAGCCUUUGAUCGGGGCCAUCGCAGCAGGCAAUGCCGUGGUGGUGAAGCCAUCAGAGAUCAGUGAGAACACGGCUCAGCUGGUGGCUGAUCUCCUUCCCCAGUACCUUGACCAGGAGCUGUACCCCGUGGUCAUGGGGGGGGCCGCUGAGACAACAGCGCUGCUGACCCAGAGAUUCGAUCACAUCCUCUACACCGGCAACUCCACAGUGGGCAAAAUCGUGAUGGCAGCGGCCGCCAAGCACCUGACGCCCGUCACCCUGGAGCUGGGCGGGAAGAGCCCCUGCUACAUCGACAAGGACUGUGACCUGGCCGUUGCCUGCAGGCGGAUAACGUGGGGGAAGUACAUGAACUGUGGGCAAACCUGCAUUGCCCCGGACUACAUCCUCUGCGACCCAUCCAUCCAGAGCAAGGUGGUGGAGAAUAUCAAGGCGACUCUGCAGGAAUUCUAUGGGGAAGACGUGAAGAAGUCUCCGGAUUAUGAAAGGAUCGUCAACAAGCGUCACUUCAAGAGGAUCCUGGGCCUGCUGGAAGGGCAGAAGAUCGCUCACGGGGGAGAGGCUGAUGAGGCCUCCUGCUUCCUCGCACCGACUAUCCUCACCGAUGUUUCUCCGGAGUCAAAGGUGAUGGAGGAGGAAAUCUUUGGACCGGUCCUUCCCAUUGUGACCGUGAAGAGCGUGGACGAAGCCAUUGAGUUCAUCAACCGUCGGGAGAAGCCGCUUGCCCUGUACGUCUUCUCAAACAACAAGAAGCUGAUCAGACGGGUGAUAUCAAAGACCUCCAGCGGUGGCAUGACAGCCAACGAUGUCUUACUGCACUCUGUGGUUCAGGAUCUGCCCUUCGGCGGCGUGGGUAACAGCGGGAUGGGCGCCUACCACGGCAAGCACAGCUUUGAGACCUUCUCCCACCGCCGCGCCUGCUUGAUCAAGGACCUGAAGAUGGAGGUUGUGAACAAACUCCGGUACCCACCUGGCAGCCAGAAGAAGGUUGAUUUGGCCAAGUUCUUCCUCCUGAAGCGGUUUAACAAGGGCCGAGUGGGACUGGUCAUCUUGGCCCUGCUGGGGAUUGUGGCAGCGGUGGUGGCAAAGGCAGCAAAUGCACUGAAGAGGUAGAAGCAAA